CUGUAGAGAGGGACCAUGGCUUCCCUCAGCCUUUUCGGACGGUCCAGCAAGGACAUUAUGAAUGUGAUGCAGAGGCUGCAAGAUGAACAGGAGGCAGUGCAGAAAAGAACUUUCACAAAGUGGAUUAAUUCACACUUGGCCAAGCACAAACCUCCUUUUGAAAUCAGCGACCUCUUUGAGGACAUCAAGGAUGGGGUGAAACUGCUGGCUCUGUUAGAAGUGCUGUCUGGACAGAGAUUACCAUGCGAACAGGGUCGCCAACUCAGAAGGAUCCACUGGGUGUCCAACAUAGGCACAGCUCUUAAGUUCCUGGAGGGAAGGAAGAUCAAACUAGUCAAUAUCAACGCCACUGACAUUGCUGAUGGACGCCCGUCCAUUGUCUUGGGGCUGACAUGGACCAUUAUCCUCUAUUUUCAGAUUGAGGAGUUGACCAGUAAUCUUCCAGCCCUUCAGGCUUUAUCUAGCAGUGCGUCUUCGGUGGACAGCAUGGCCAGCUCGGAGACGGGAAGCCCACCUAUGAAACGCAAAGUGAUGACAAAGUUUCAGGGGAGCGCCAAAAAAGCCCUGCUCAGAUGGGUCCAAAGCACAGCGACCAAGAGUCUUGGGAUUGAAGUUAAAGACUUCGGACCGAGUUGGCGCAGUGGUGUGGCCUUCCAUUCUGUAAUUCAUGCCAUUCGGCCAGAUCUCGUGGACAUGGACAUCGUGAGAAAAAGAAGUAAUCGUGAGAACUUGGAAGAGGCCUUCAGUGUGGCAGAAAAUGAACUGGGAAUACCACGUUUACUAGAUCCUGAAGAUGUGGAUGUGGACAAGCCUGAUGAGAAAUCCAUAAUGACAUACGUAGCUCAGUUCCUGAAGCACUACCCAGAUCCCCAGCAGUCCGAGACAGAUGGACAGCAAGAGGAGCUGGUUCGUUCCAUUCCUACAUUCGCUCUCUCUAUCCCAGCUCUACAGUAUGAUCCACAAGAUAUUGAGCUAUUGCUUGAGCGAGAGGAACGCAAGGUGCUGAGGGAUGUGAAGAUCUGGCUGGAUCAGCUAGAGAGAGAUUUACUGCAUGCACAGGGAUCUGAAGAGAGUCUCACCGACAAAUAUCAGGCUUUUAAGAGUUACCGUGUGCAGUAUGAGAUGAGAAAGAAACAGAUCGAGUCUCUCUUGCAGCCGGUGCACAAGGACGGCAAACUGUCCGUGGACCAGGCCAUGGUCAAACAGGCCUGGGAUCACGUGUCUGUCAGGCUCUUAGACUGGCACAUCCAUCUGGAUAAGUCUUUGCCGGGGCCUCUGGGAGUGAUUGGAGCCUGGCUGCAUCGGGCAGAACUUUCCCUGAGAGAAGACAUUCCCAUUCAACAGGCCCAUGAAGAGACGGCCAACAUCAUCCACAGAAAACUAGAACAGCACAUGGAGGUUUUGAAGAAUUUGGAGGGACACAGACAGACAUUUCAACAGAUUCACAGAGACCGAUCGGUAAACGGCGUCCCGGUUCCAUCAGAGCAGCUUCAGGACAUGGCAGAAAGGUUUCAUUUCGUGUCCACAUCAUCUCACGUCCAUCUGAUUAAGUUUGAGUUCUGGGAGAUGAAGUAUCGUCUCAUGGCAUUUCUCAUGCUGGCCGAGUCAAAGCUCAAAUCCUGGAUCAUUAAAUACGGCCGACGGGACUCAGUGGAGCUUCUUCUGCAAAAUUAUAUUGCGUUCAUCGAAGGCCAUAAGUUCUUCGAGCAGUAUGAAACCACGUUUCAGACUCUGAAACAAGCUGCAGACUCCUACUUGAAAUCUGGGGAUUCAGCUGAGGAGGUAGAAGGCGUGAAUAAGUUUCUGAGCGAUGCGACAGCGCAGUGGAAGAACCUGUCAGUGGAGGUGCGCAGCGUCCGCAGCAUGCUGGAGGAAGUGAUCUGCAACUGGGAGAAAUACAGCUGCACAGUGGCCAGCCUGCAGGCCUGGCUGGAGGACGCCGAGAAGAUGCUCAACCAGUCAGAGAGCGACAAACGGGAGUUUUUCCGGAAUCUUCCACACUGGAUUCAGCAGCACAUGGACAUGAAUGAUGCUGGAAACUUCUUGAUUGAGACGUGCGAUGAGACCGUGUCUCGAGAACUGAAACAGCAGUUGCUGCUUCUCAACGGCCGAUGGAGAGAGCUGUUUGUCAAAGUCAAACAUUAUGCAAGAGCAGAUGAAGUGGAGAAGCUGAGAAAAGAUUAUGAUGAUGGGAUUGAAGCUUUAAAAGCAUUUAUUGACUCGGCUAACGAGAGGAUGAAGACUCCAGUUCAAGUUUCAUUUCUGAACAUACGGACACAUCUACAAGACAUUGAGGACAUCAAGCACAAAGUGCCAUCCAUGGAGGCGGCGUACAAGACAGCCACACGUAACGCACAGCAGCUGACCAAAGACCUCACAGAGGAAGAGAUCGCUCGGAUGCUGGCUACCAUGACAAACAUCAAGGAUGAGAUCAGCAAGAUCAGAGAAAGAGCUCUGCCUCUGCUGAGGGACUCCCAGACCAUGCUGCCACCGUUAGAGGAAAUGGAGAAACAUAUCACUGGCUUCUACCAUUCGCUGGAGAAGGUGAGCCGCAUCACUUCCUCCCUUGACUCCGAGGCUCCAGGAGACUUCAAGCAGAAGUGUCAGGAGCUGGUGACCUAUCAGCAGAGCUGUAAAAAGUGUCUGUCAGUGAUUGACAAAAACCAUCAGAUCAUUCUGAAGUCACUGGACAGCAGUAAGAACCUAAAACACCUGGACACGUCACUGCUAGAGAGGAGAAUCACCGAGCUCCAGGCCUCUUCACAGGGCAUGGUUAAAGAAACCACAGAAUGGAAGAGGCAUGUGGAGGCGAACAGCAGCCUGAUGAAGAGAUUUGAGGAGUCUCGUGUGGAGCUAGAGAAGGUUCUGAAAAUAGCUCGCAGCUCCAUGACUGAGAGAGGAAACCCAGAGGACCUUCUGAAAAAGCACACUGAGUUCUUUGAGCAGCUGGAUCAGAGAGUCCUCAAUGCCUUUCUGAAAGCCUGCGAUGAACUCACAGAUAUACUACCAGAGCAAGAACAGCAGAAUCUGCAGGAAACAGUCAGGAAACUGCACAAACAGUGGAAGGAUGUCCAAACAGAGAUUCCCUCUCACCUGCUGCAUCUGAAGGUGGAGCUGGAGAAGAGUCGUCUGAUGGCUUCGGUGCAGGAGUGUCAGGCUGAACUGGCCCGUGAGAACCGCAGUCUGCCCAGCAUGGGCAGCGAGAGGUUAAUCAAAGAGCACAGGAUGUUUUUUAAGGAAAAGGGUCCACAGGCUCUUUGUGAGAAGCGCUUACAGCACACGGAGGAGCUGUGCUCGAAGCUUCUGGAGAGCGAACAAGCCCGGCAAACUUUAGAGAACGCCAGGACAGUGUUUGCUGAAGUCAGAGAGGAUAUUGACAGCACACAUCAGAAACUAAUGCAACACCCGGACAAGUGGAAAGAGUUUAAUACCAGGUACUCUGAACUCUCCGCCUGGGUUACAUCGAAGGAAAGUCAACUCAGACUUCUGCGAAACAGAGCUGGAGACCCCAGCAAGUUUGGACAGGUCAAAUCCACCAUUGAGAGUCUGAGAAACGAUGCUGAGCUGCAGGAGGGGAACGUGAGCUGGCUGAAGACGCGUUUGGCCGCUCUGAUAGAGGUUUGCACGGAGAGUGAUGCUCAGAGGCAGGGAGCUGCUCUCAGCAAACUCUCCAGUGACUUCAAGGGUCUCCUCACAUCCCUUUCUGAGUCAGAGAAGGUGGUGCUGGCGGUGAGCGACUGUGUGCAGUUCAGAGAGGAGGUGAAGACUACACUGGAGGAGUUGACACAGGCUCAGCAGGAGCUGCAGUCAGUGACCAGCAAGAUUCUGGACUCUGAGUCCAUCAGAGAAGCCCAACAACUGCUGCUGCUUCAUCAGCAACAUCUGAAGCGUCUGCGGCUCAAGCAGAAGGAAAUGCAAGAGCAGAUAAACCGUGGAAAGCAGCUGCAGGUAGAGGAGGGUCUGGAGGAGGGCUUACAGGAAGACCUGCAGAAACUAGACACCACCUUGAGCAAAAUGGAUCAAAGCACAGAGUCACAGGAAAAGAACCUGGAGGUGACUUUAGCUGCUUGGCAGGAGUUUGAGGGUCAGCGGGCAGCAGUGAGCGAGUUUGUGGGUAAAGUGCGAUCGGUCACAGAGAGAGAGAUGAACUUCAGCAGUCCAGACAGUCUCAGCACAGAGCUGGAGCAGACCAAGGAGCUCCUGAAACAGUGUGAAACAGAGGCCAGACAGGUGAACAGUCUUCUCAAGAGGGCCACAGAGAUCCAAUUAGGCCCCAAAAAUCAUUCUCUCCUCAAGGAUCAAGCACGUGCUCUGAGUGAACAAGUGGACAAAGUUGAGACUGGACUCAAGCGAGAUGUGAAGACUUUGGAGGGGAUGAAAGACCAGUGGGAUUCUUUCGGGAGGGAGUUUGAAGCUUUUUCCACAUGGAUAACGGAGAGAGAAAGAGAAAUGGAUGCCUUGAAAAGCUCCAGCGCACCUUUGGACCAGCAAAUCUGUUCCGUAAAUACAAUCAGAGAGGGUCUGCAGGAGAGGACACAGGUCCUGUCCAACCUGGAGGAGAAAUCUCAAGCGCUCGUCCAGUUUGUGUCAUCAGGUGAAUCUGCACGAAUCAAAGCCCGUCUCACACAGAUUGGCAGAUACUGGGAGGAGCUUAAGGAGAGUGUGGAACACCUGAUUGGACAGUUGGAGGAAAGCUCCUCCCACCAGACGAAGUUCAAUGCCAACCUUCAACAGGUGCAAUCAGAGGUUGAAGGUAUCCAGGAGAAACUUGACAGCCCUGUCACCUCCUGCGUGUCUUCAUCCGAGACCUACAAAACUCUACAGAGUCACAUGGAUAUGUUCCAGUCCCUAGAAAAGCUAAAGGCCACACUUCUGUCCCUGUCUGCCAGCUCCCGCAGGCUCAGCGAGAGAGAGGAGGCCGAGAGAGCCGUGGCGGCCCUGCAGCAAAGUUACGAGCAGUGUUUAAAACAGGCCAAGGAGAAACAGAACCAAAUGGAGAGCCUUCUGUCACACUGGCAAAAGUAUGAAAAGGAUUGGUCUGCCCUGCAGUCAUGCCUUGAGAGAUGUGAAUCCAUAACCAGCCCUGACUCUCAGUUCCUCCCGGUCGAUAAACUAAAGCUGGAGGGAGAACUGCUGGAACUGAAACACCUACAGAGUGAACUUCAGUCUCUGGAGUCGGUUUACAACAGACUGAUGGCCCGAACGCCAACUCUUUACACCACUGCAUCAGAUGAACGUGUGGAAACACUCAAAGAAGACCAUGAACAGCUCGAGAAAAGAUGGAAGUGUCAGACCACAGCUAUACCUCAAAGAAUCCAAGUGCUUCAGGAGCAGCUUUCUCAGGUGGAACAGUUUGAGCAAGCCCUGCAGGAGUUCCUCAAAUGGGGAGAGUCUUUCCUGUCAUCUUUAGACUCGUUUUCUCAUGUUGAUAUCACUGAUCUUCAACCUUCCACCAGUGAUAUCAAGGAGAGGAGAGAUGAUCUGCUGAAGCAAAGUAUCCUAAGACAAAGCCUUCAACAGCAGACUAAGACCUUGUGUGAUGUUUGUGAGCCGGCUGAGGUCCAGCAGCUUCAGGGAAGGUGGGAGAGCUCCUUACAGCCGUACAUGGAGGCCCAUCAGCUGGUUGAACUACGAGGCGAGAGUCUGGAGAAGCUAGAGGCCUUCUUACACACCCACAGUGUGGCGUCCGGCGUCCUUCAGGGCCUCAGACAGACCGUGGAGAGCGCUGGGAGUUGGGAUAAGAGCCGAGUGGACGAGCUGCAGAAAGACCUCGAAGCUGUUGUUCCUGAUAUCAGUCGUCUUGAAACGCUCGCUGUGAAUCUGGAUAGCAGCCUCUGUAAGGCUCAUCUCCACCUGAUGAAUGGAAAGGACACUCGAUCCUCGUGCCGCUCAUUGGCCGACUCCUUAAGCGUGGAGCUGGAUGCCGUGAGGAACCUUCUGGGCUCCAAACAGAGUGAAGCUGAGGCUCUCGGUGCUCUUUGGAGCUCGUUCAGACAGCGGAAAGAGCAGCUGCUCAAAACAGUGGAGGAUAUCAAGGAGAAAGCAGAUAAACAGGGCCUGAAAGAGCCCAGUGUGCUUACUCUACAGCAGAGGCUUCGGUUCUUUAAUCAACUGGAAGAUGAGCUCCAGUCCCACCAGCACGAGGAGCAGUGGCUCAGGGACAAAGGUCAACAGCUGGCCCACAGAGAUGCUGAGCUGGGUGGAGAAGUACUAAGGGAAAUCAGCCUCUUUCAGACCUCCUGGGAAGACACCAAGAAGCUCAUCACUGAAAGGCAAGAGCAGAGCAGCACUUUGGUAGAGCUCAUGAAAGAUUAUCAGAAUCUGAAGACAUCAAUAAACACAAUAUUGGAGAGUGCUGAUGCUAUAUCAGACAUUAAAGCUGUUUUGAAAGACCAAGAGGACACACGGAGAUCCCUGUUGAAGCAUGAAGCCGUUAAAGCAGAGAUGGCCAGUAACCAGGAUGUACUAGAGCGAUUCUCCAGUAAAGAAAAGAAGCUUUUAAGUGAAUUAAACAAGAUCCCUGAUUGCGACACCCAGAUUAUGAAGACAGAAGUAGAUGCCACAGUGAACCAGUGGCUAGAUGUGUCUGAAAAAAUCGAGGACAAUCUGGAAAGUCUCAAGAGGAGCUCUGCUUUGUGGGUGGAAAUCUACUAUAUCAGUGGAGAAAUCGAAAGCUGGUCCAACAGCUCGGUUAUGGAUCUUACAGAUGGACUCAAUAACUUCAAUGAUAGCCAGACAACCGCAAACAAACUCUCUGAAGUCAAGGUGGAUGUUGGCCUGAAAGAAAAGAAGAUUGAUGCUUUACAAGAGAAAGUUUCGGAGCUGAAACAACUCUGCAGUGGCCAAGAUGUCCCGGUUAAACUGCAGGUCCUGGAGACGGACCUCAGAAGGAAAAUUAGUAACAUUGAAGAGUUAUGUGAUCAAGCCAAGGGCAACCUCCAAGAUUUCGUUGCUCAGAAGAAGCAGCUGGAAGGUUUUCUCAGCCAAAUGUCCGAGUGGCUGAAGAACGCUGAGAGAUCUUUGGUGGAUUCGCCAUGUGAAAAAGCUCUUGAAGAAAUCUGCAGAGUGAAGGAAAUCCAAAAGGAGCUUCAGAACCAGCAGACGAGCAUCGAUUCAGCCCGGGAAAGCCUGAACACGCUUUGCAGAAAAUACCCAUCUGAGGAACUUGCCGGUCUGGGUUCAUCUCUGACUGACCUCAUCAAGAAAUAUGAAACGGUCAAUCAGCUCUGUGUUAAGAAGCUGGGCUCCAUGCAGCAUGACCUCCAGCAGCACUUCAGUGAUCUCGUCAAGGAGUUUCAUUCAUGGCUCUCUGGACAGAAAGACAUUGUGAGAGAAUGUGCCGAUCAUUCUGGUGACAUGAGCGUGGUGGAGCGCAAACUGCAGAAACUGAAGGGAGCUCUGGAGCGGGUGGAUGAUGGAGACAGCCGUCUAACACUGGUGUGUUCUGAGGGGGAGAAGCUUCUUCUUCACCUUCCCAAAGCCAGCGCUGGCCAAGUCCAGCAGAACCUCUCCUCCAUCCAGCAGGACUGGGACAGUUACGUGGAGCAGUGCAAACAGAACCAGCAGAACCUGGAAGAGAGCGCCAGUCUGCUCAGUGGUUUUGAGGGCCAUCUGCAGAGGUUGACCCACUGGCUGAAGCGCAUGGAUGUGAGGAUGAGCACAGAGCUGCCUGAGGGAAGACACGGGGAUGAGGAGCGAGUGACGCUGGAGCGCGUGGAAGAAUUCCAGCAUGAAGUGCUUAAAGAGAGGGACUCGUUUGAGAGUCUGUGUCAGGAAGCUCAGUCUCUGGGUGAGGGGGGUCACGGCAGCGGGGCGGAGCUAAGGGCGUCUGCGCAGCUGCAGCUGCAGCAUCAGGUGCUUCUCAAGACGGCGAGGGAGAGACUGCGCACAUGUCAGCUCAGCCUGCAGGAGCAGCAGAACUUCGAGGAGAUGCUGGAGGGCACCUGGGGAUGGCUCAGCGGCGUACAGGAGCGCCUGAGUUCACUCAACAGCACCAGCGGGAAUAAAGAGACCCUGGAGAAGAGACUGGGGCUGGUUCAGGACAUCCUGCUGAUGAAGGGUGAAGGGGAGGUGAAGCUCAACAUGACCGUAGGGAAGGGAGAACAGGUGCUGAAGAACUGCAGUAGGGAUAAACAGGAAAUGAUCCGCUCUCAGCUCAAGAGUCUGAAGGAUUCCUGGGCCAAUAUCCUCAUGACCGCCAUGAGCUGCCACAGUCGUCUGGAGUGGACCGUGGCUCAGUGGGGCAGUUUCCUAGAGAGUAAAGCUCAGCUGCAGCAGUGGAUGGAGAUGGUGGAGCAGGAGGCAGGGGUGGCUCUGCCGCAGCAGCCCGGGCUGAAAGAGAAGGCCUCGCUGCUGGAGCGCCUGCGGGCCAUUCAGGCCGAUGUGGAGGUCCAUUCAUCAGCUCUGACCCACCUGAAUGAGAAAGCCACAGAGUUGUAUGAGAAGACAGGAGACCAAGCAUUUGCAGAGGGACCGAAAUCUGAGUUCAACACCCAGUUUACCAACAUCACAGCUGUCAUUAAGAAUAAGGUACAGCAGACGGAGGAGAUUGUCAAGGAGCAUGAGCUGUACACGGAGUCUGUGCGAGAGCUGAACGACUGGCUCACAUCAGCUAAAGAAGAGCUUCAGCGCUGGUCAGACAUGUCUGGAGACGCCGCUUCUGUUCAGAGGAAACUCUCUAAAGUCAGGGGACUGUUAGACUCUAGGAAACAAGGGCAUGAGUGUCUGACCCGUGUGCAGAGCUGUGGUGCCGCCACACGUGACCACACGUCCACGAUGGGCUGUGAGAUCCUGGAGAGAGAGGAGGCCGGGCUGCUCUCGGCCUGGGAACAGUGGGAGCGUGAAGCUAAACACAUGUGCUCCAGUCUGGAGGGCGUUCUGGCUCAGAUGGCCAGCUCAGAGCAGGAGUUCAGCAGUCUUGCAGCGCAGCUGGAGCAGGACCUGCAGGAGUUCAGCAGCAAGCUGCAGGAGUGGCGCAGCAAACUGAAACAGGUGGAAGAAAUGAGCUCCGCUGAAGAGGCCGUGCAGGGAUGGCAGAUAGCAAAGGACGCCCUGGAAGCACUGCUGAACAUUGAGCACAUGUCAGAGGAUUUGAAGUGUCAGCUGAAUGACUUGUGCCGGUUCUCCAGUGAUCUGGGCACUCAGUCUGAGAGAGUGUCUGCCCUCAUUAAAGAGUACAACAGCCUCAGUCUCCAGGCGUCUCGAGAGUGUCAGGGAAAGGAGAAGCUCCUGGAGCAGCGCUUCCGUGCCACUUUUCGAGACUUCCAGCAGUGGCUGGUCAAUGCAAAAAUAAGUACGGCCAAAUGUUUCGAUGUGCCUCAGAACCUGGCUGAAGCAUCGUCCAGCCUCCAGAAGAUCCAGGAGUUUCUGAGUGACCGUGAGCAAGGCCACGGCAAACUGAACGCAGUGGCAGCCAGCGGAGAGCUACUGAUGAGCAUCGCUCCCAAAGACAGAGUAGAGUCCAUCAGAGCUAAGAUCAACACAGCCAGAGAAGACUGGAAAUCACUCAUGACCAAUCUGCAUCAGAGAGAAACUGCUUUACAGAAUCUUCAGGCUCAGAUGCGGGACUUCGAAGCGAGUGUGGAGCCGCUCCAGGACUGGCUGAAUGAAACCGAGGAGGCCGUUCAGGAGAGCAGUAGCCGGCUGCAUGACCUCACAGCCAAGAAACAGGAGCUGCACAGGCUACAGUCUCUGCUUGAGGAAUUAGCCUCUAAGGAGUCUCAGCUGCACAGGUUGAGGGAGAAGGCCCAGCAGCUGUGGGACGGACACACGGCCGGAAAGGGCUUUGUGCACCGUGUCUCGCAGCUCUCAGCUCAGUACCUAGCUUUAAGCAACCUGACCAAGGAAAAAGCCUCUAGAAUCGAGCGCAUGGUGUCUGAGCACCAGCUGUUCUCGCAGGGCCUGAAAGAGCUGCAGAACUGGGUGGCUGAUACAAGUCACAUGCUGCAAACCUACUGCACUCCCACCGCAGACAAGAACGUGCUGGACAGCAGGAUGAUCAAAGUCGAGGCUUUACUGACAGCACGUCAAGAGAAGGAGAUACAGCUGAAAAUGCUGCUGACGAGAGGAGAGUCAGUCCAGAGGCACACCUCCACUGAGGGAGUAUCGCUGGUACACAAACAAAUCGAGGACCUCAAGGACUCAUGGGAUGGGCUGCUGUCAGCUUCUAUUCAAUGCAAGAGCCAACUGGAGGGCGCUCUGUCACAGUGGACCAGUUACCAGGAGGACGUGUGUCAGUUUGUGAGCUGGAUGGAGACGGUGGAAGAGACUUUAAACUCUGCAGACAAACAGUGCUCUGAGAUGAGAGACAAAACCACCAACCUGGGCAAAGCCAAAUUGCUCCUAGAGGAGGUUUUAAGUCACAACAGCGCCCUUGAUGUCGUAUCUGUGAAGGGAUCCAGCAUGGCCGAGCACUAUGUCACUCAGCUAGAGAUUCAGGACUUACAAGAGCGCUACAAUAUUGUGAAAGAUAAGGCCCAGUGUGCAGUUGCCAAAGCGGAGCAGCUGGUGUCGGCCCAUCAGGAGUACCAGCGCACCCUGCAUGAGUUUAAAGACUGGCUGGAGCAGCAGCAGCAGAGACUGAGCGGCUGCACACAGCUGGAGGGAGACGUCCAGACUCUAGAGGACACGCUACGCAAACUACAGGAGCUUCAGGUGCAUUGCACAGAGGGUCAAGCCCUGCUCAACACACUGCUGGUGACCCGAGAGCAGGUGAUUCCCUGGGGUGUCCCGCAGUUAGAGGACCGAUGUCUGGAGAUGGUUCAGCAGGAGUGGGGCUCGUAUCAGACCCGGCUGGGUGACACCAGAUCUCAGCUCAACAGCGCUCUGGCCAAACUCCGGCAGAUUGAGCAGAAGUUCCAGCGGCUGGAUAACUGGCUCCAAGGGAUGGAGACUAAAGGAGAGUUACGCUCCGGUCGCCGCUCUGACAUAGCAACAAAAGAGGCACAGCUACAGCUCCUGAAGGGUUGGCAUGAGGAGGUGCUGGCUUAUCAGGAGGAGAUAGAGGGUCUCAGUGUCCUGGCCCAACAAGUUUUAGAAGAGACGCCCAUCAGCAGCAGAGUCAGCACUAGAGCUACACAACUCACGUCACGCUAUCAUGCCCUGCUGCUACACCUGCUGGACACUAUCAAGCAGCUGAAGGAGGAAGUUUCCUGCAUUGAAGAAUCCCAGAGUGUCUUUAGCACCUUCUCUGAUUGGUUGAGAACAGCAGAAAAGAACUUUAGUAUUGUGACCACCACCAGCAUUGAUGUGGUCGAUCGUGUUGCCAUGGAGAAGAAAAUGAAAAAACUAGAGGCUCUGCAGUGUGACUUGGAGCUGGGUCACACCUUCCUGAAGACCAUGCGUGAAAAGACUGAUCGUGCCAUGACAUUCCUGGAGGAACCUGAGGCAGAGGAACUCAAGGAAGAAGUCGACACCCGACUCUCCCAGCUGGAGAAAUUGAUCAGAGCUCUGCGGUCAGAGCUCAGUGCUACAGAGAAAUCCAUACAGCUCUCCAAAGACUUCCUGGACAAAUACAGGACUCAAACACAAUGGCUUACAGAGACCAAAUCACUGCUGGUGUCUCCAGUGGAGCCAAAAGCUGAACUUUACCAAAAAAAGGCUCAGCUGACCAAAUAUAAGACAAUCCAGCAGACCAUCCAGUCCCAUGAGUCAGCAGUCAAAUCGGUUAUAGAGAAAGGAGGUGCACUUCUUGAAACAAUCCAUGACACGUCUAUCAGUGAAAACAUCAGCAAGCUGAAAGUCGACUAUCAAGAAUUAUGCAAUGAUGCCAAGGUCCGCGUUCAGAGUCUGACAGAGAGCGUGAGAGAACAUGAAGUCUAUAACAGUGAACUACAAGAAGUAGAGAAAUGGCUGUUACAGAUGUCUAGCAGGCUGGUCACUUCUGACUCAAUGCAAAGUGGCAGUCUAGAGACAGCCACACAACAACUAGCCAGACACAAGGCAAUAAUGGAGGAAAUAGCUGGUUUUGAGGAGUGUUUGACCAGCCUGAAGGACAAAGGUGAUCUCCUCACCAGUAGCUGCACUGAGCAAGUCCAGGCCAAGAUCAGUCAGCAGAUCCAGGCACACCAGCAAGGAACCAGAGACAGUUAUUCGGCUAUUUGCAGCACAGCUCAGCGUGUGUAUCAGAGUCUUGACCGUGAGCUCCAGAAGCACAUCAGCCAUCAGGACACCCUGCAGCAGUGUCAGACGUGGAUGUCCACAAUUAAAGAGGAGAUCCAGCUGCAGGCGCAGACUCCCUAUGGCCUCCAAGAGGCUCUGAAACAGGUGAAGCACUUUAGAGCCCUACAGGAGCAGGCCAGCAUGUAUCUGGACCUGGUUUGUUCAGUCUGUGAUUUAUCUGAUGAGUCUGUCAGAGCCACAGCUGCCAAAAUACAGCAAACCAAAACUGUGAUUGAGGAAAGGAUGACCACUUCUCAAGAGCUGUCAGAUAGCUGGAGGGAGAUUAAAGAGCAAAAACAGGAUCUCACAACACUUUUCCAAGAUAUGGAACAGCAAUUGCAAAGUCUGUCCAGGAGACCUGCCGAGUUGGAGCCCAAGAUUGUUCAAAACAUGCUCGACCAAGCCAAAGAAUUUGCCGAGCAGCUUCAAAGCAGACAAAGCACUCUGACUAAGAUGACAGAGCUUGUGAGUAAGAUGACAGAAGGGCAGGAGUCUCCUGAGCAUACAGAGAUUAGACGACUGAGCCAUGCAUGGCUGGAACUGUGCCAUCAGACCAACAAACUACAGGCUCAGAGAGAGGAAGAUCUGCAGAGGACUAAAGAAUAUCAUGACUGCAUCAGUGCCAUGGAAGCCCUUUUUGAACAGGUUUCCAAGGAAUGGGAUAACCUGGCCAGAACUGAUGCUGAGAGUUCAUCUGAUCAUUUGGAGGCUCUUCGGAAGCUCUCGGUUGUUCUUAAAGAAAAGAAAAGCACACUUGAGGACCUCAAAGAGCAGAAGCGAAAAGUAAUGUACCACUUAAACCUGGAUGAUAAAGAGCUGGUGAAGGAGCAGAUUGGCCACUUUGAGCAGCGAUGGGUGCAUCUAGAGAAUCUCAUAGAGAGGAAGAUUCAAGACUCCAUUGUGACCCUUGAAGACAUGGGCCAAAUUGAGGCUCAUUUGAGGGAAGCUAGGGAAUGGGCUGAGGAGCAACAGCCUGCCCUAUCCGAAGCCAUGAAGAUGAGUCCGCCACCUGAACUAGCUCAGAGCUUCCUUUUCGACCAUCUAAGCAUAUGCAGUGAGAUGGAAGCCAAGCAGCUUCUGUUGGCCCAGGCCAUGAGCGAUGCAGAUAGGGUUUUAGCUCAUCUGGGGCUAAACGAAAAGCAAAGACUGCAGCAGCUCAUCUCAGAAACUCAAGCAGAGGUAGAGUCCUUGAGCAUCAAAGUCGCACAACGCAGGAAACACCUAAGCAAAGCCUUCACAGAGAGAACCCAGUUCCUUUUGGCUGUGAAUCAAGCCAUCACCUGGGUACAGCAGAAUGAAAAGAAAGCACAAGCAGAGGAGUACAUAGCCCUUCUUCCUGAUGACCUUUCUAAGCAGGUGAGGACUUGCAGGAACAUUCAGAGCAGCUUGAGAGCCUAUCAGAGUGAGCUGAACUCCCUGUGGUCCCAAGGCAGGGAUCUGAUGAAAGACGCUGCCGAAGAAGAGAAAUCAGAAAUGCUCAACAAGCUCCAAGAGCUGCAGAAUAUCUUUGAAGUUGUCCUACAGAAGUGUAACCAGAGGCUUCAGGAGCUGGAAAAAGUGUUGGUGACCAGGAAGUACUUCAAGGUAGAUCUGGAAAAGAUAUGCCAGUGGUUGAAGCAAGCUGAUAUUGUGACCUUCCCAGAGAUAAACCUUAUGAAUGGAGAUGCAGAAUUAAGUUCACAGCUUACAAAAUACCAACAAAUAUUGGAUCAAGCAAUGGAAUAUGAAAACCUCCUUCUAACUGUGCAAAGAACAGGUCAAGAAAUACUUCCCACUCUGAAUGAAGUGGACCAUUGCUACUUAAAUGAGAAAUUGAUUGCUCUUCCGCAACAGUACAAUAAUAUUUUAGGACUAGCGAAGGGGAAACAAGAGAAAAUACAACAAGCCAUUCUUGCCCGACAGGAAUAUACAUCCUUUAUUGAUGUGACCCACAAAGCACUUAAAGAACUUGAGGAACAAUUCCACAACUUGGGGACGCAGUCCGUCGGCCUUAAGACUGAGGAGGUUAUCAGUCUUCAGGCUGAUUACAAAGCCCUCCUGGAGGAGCUGAACAAUCUUGGACAAGCUGUCAGUGAGCUAAACCAGAAGAAAGAGGGAUUUCGUAGCACUGGCCAACCUUGGAGACCUGAGGAAAUGACCCAACUGGUUAGUCUUUACAACAGUCUCAAAAGAUUGAUUGAGCAGAGUGUAGAACAUCUUGACGACACUCUGGAAUCUUUCGAGGACCAUCAGGCCAUGGCUAUGCAGGUGGAUUCAGAACUGAAGGCCACCAAAGAGCAACUGGUGAAAGUCAAUGCAGAGACUCAGUCAGCUGAGGAGAGAUUGAAAAAUUAUCAUGCCCUGGCUGCUAGUCUUCAAGGUGCCAGCUCUCACCUCACUCGACUCAUGGAGCAGAUGGAUAAUCUGGCACCCCACAUGGAUUCCGCUGCACAUGAGGCUUCAAAGCAGCGGGUAUCCUCUUGGCAAGAAGAUCUUCAGUCCUUACAGUCAGCUGUUGGGGAACUAAUUGUGGAGUGUGAGAAUAGGUUUGUGCAGAGUAAAGACUUUGAGACCGAAGUCAAUAGGACAUUAACAUGGCUCCAGCAAAUCAAAGAUGAACUUGGCUCUGAGGUGGUGGUUGACGUCAAGGUUGAGAAGGUCCAGGAGGAAAUCCGAAAGCAACAGAUUAUGCAAGAGGAAGUUCAGUCGAGGCUUAGGAUAGUGGCAGCUCUAAGCACCAGAGAGAAGCAGAAGUACACCAGUGCCAAUGAGCUCGUCCCUCCUCAUGUGGACUCAAGUCUACAAGAAAUGGCCAAGCUAGAGGCUGACGUUCAACGUGCCCUCAGCUCCAAACAGAUAACGCUACAGCAAGCUCUUGCCUUGUGCCAGAAGUAUCACUCCAGAAUGCAAACAGCUUGUGAGUGGCUGGAGGAUGCUGUGGGUUUCUUGCAGCAGGCCAGUCUUGGAGUGGAUGUGGAGAACUACGAGGAGUGUCUGAGGCAACAGGAAGACAUCAUGGCCACUGAACAGGAGUUCCUGGGUGUCAUUGAGGAGCUCGAAUCUUUGCCACCCCAACUUGAAAACCUGGUCAACCCUACAGCCAAGGAGCAACUUCAAAUUAGUGUGAAAUCUGCACAGGAGAAAGGCGUGGAGGUCAGAGACCAGCUGCAGUGCCACCAAGAUAUCUUGAACAGCUGUGUUGCCCAGUGGAAUUCGUAUCAGGAGGCCAGACAGACAGUCAUUGAGCUGAUGAAUGAGGCAGAGAAGAAGCUAACAGAGUUUUCCACAGCCAAGGCUGCAACAAACCAGGAAGCUGAAGAGAAACUCUGGAGUCAUAAGUCGUUAGUAUCCAUGGUGAACAGUUUCCAAGAAAAGCUGACUGGUCUGGAAGAGCAAGCAUCCCAGUUAGAGCUGAUUGGAAGUGAUGCCAGUAAAUCCACCAUAAGCCGAUCCAUGACCACAGUGUGGCAGCGCUGGACCAGACUGCGUAGUGUAGCACGAGGCCAAGAAAGGGUGCUGGAGGAUACAGCCCACGAAUGGAGAACCUUCAGGGAAAAGAUGAUGAAGCUAAGAGCUGUAACAGAAGAACUAAAGGGCCACGUUCCUGAUUGCACUGCUGAGAAAGCCUCCAAAGCCACACUGCAGUCACAUCUGGACCAGUACGAGAUGGUUAGUCAGGACCUGGAGAGGGAGCUGUCUUCUCUAACUCUCCUUCGACAGUACGCUCUCAGCCUGCUACAUGGUGAAGAGGUGUCUGUGCCAACAGCUGAUCAUGAGAAAUUACCAAGUCUGAAGGAGGUCAAAUCUGUGCAAGAUGAACUAGAGAGUCUUCUGCAGAAGGCCAGGACAGGAAAGACUCGGGUUCAGCAGGAACUGUCAGACAGGGAAGGCGUGGAAAGAGGACUGAGUCUUGUCAAGAGCUGGAUCCAGGACUCCAGGGAGCUUCUGCUGAACCCCACAUCUGAUCUGGACAUUCUGGCUCAAGAACUGGAGGUGAUGCAUGGAGAGCUGAUAACUCAUUGUCAGAAUGUAGACAAGCUUGCAGAGCAGCAGCAAAGUAAAUACUUGGACCUGUACACUAUUUUACCAUCUGAGAUCUCAAUGCAACUGGCAGAAGUGUCCCUGGCACUAGGAUCCAUUGAGGACCAGGUUCAAGCCAAGGAGAGAGACAUCCAGAAGACCAGAGUUAUAAAAGAAGAGUUCCACUCCAGAAUUCAUGACGUGUCUGAAAAAUUGAAGGCUGUCUCUACCUCUCUAAAGGAAAAGGCCACUGAUAUUGAUCAGGCCAAAGAUGAGGCCAGACAUCUCUGUGAUGAACUUGACGGCUGUGGACGAAAUCUCGCUGAGCUAGAAGCUGCAGUGCUGGACUUUGGUCGUCGUAACCCUUUGAUAGCUAGACAACUGGCUGAUGCUAUUGCCAAAUUACGAGAGAUCCAUCAUCACACUCUUCGACUGGCCGAAUAUAAGACAAUUUGGCUAAAGAAGGCUGAUGCACAUCUAGAUGAAUACAAUGAGAUGUUUGAGUUCAUAGUGAAGUGGACAGACAGAGCCAGGAGCCUGGUGAAGGCCAACAUCAUCUGGAACUCCUCCUCACACCUGCAAGAGCAGAUCAAGAUGUAUCAGUCUGUUCUACGUGAGUCACGUGAGCUCCAUGGUGACCUGAGGACCAUGCAGGAGAAGGUGGAGGUACUGUCAGAGACGCUGCAGGUGGAGGCCAUGGGACAGCAGGUGUCAGAUCUGAGCCGACACACUGAGGAGCUGGAGCAGAGCAUCAGAUCCCGACUGCAGAGUCUACAGGACGCAGCAAAGGAUAUGGAGAGGUUUGAGAGUGAAGUGAAGGCCCUGCAUAUGUCUCUGGAGCAGGUUCAGGCCACUCUUACGUCUCCAGAACUGGCCCGACUGAGUCUAAAAGAACAACUGACUCAAAGACAGCGUUUGCUGGUGGACAUGGAGAGCUUCAAGCAGCAGGUGGAGGCUGUACAGGACUGUCAGAGCGCUCUAAGAGUUCCUGAGGAAGUAGUGACCAGUCUGUCCAUCUGCCGCACUGCUCUGAAUCUCCAACAAGAGGCCAGUCAACUCCAGCACACUGCCAUCCAGCAAUGCAACAUCCUACAGGAGGCAGUGGUGCAGUACGAACAGUACGAACAGGAAGUCAGAAACCUGCAGGCCAUGAUUGAAGAUGCUCACCGGGUCAUUCAGGACCAACCUGUGAACACCAGUAACAUUCAAGAGCUGCAGACACAAAUUAGCCAUCAUGAGGAACUGGCCCAGAAAAUCAAGGACUACCAGGAGCAAAUUGCAUCCCUGAACUCCAAGUGUAAGAUGCUGACGGUGAAAGCUAAACACGCCACCACACUCCUGACAGUGAGUGAUGCAGACGGUUUAACCGAAAGUCUGGAGGAACCGGAUGGUGAUGCUAUUCAAAGAAAUACUCAAUCACAAGUCUCAUCUUUCCUGUCUCCUGUGACAGAGGAGUCUGGAGAGGAGGGCACCAGCAGUGAGAUCUGCUCUCCUGCUUUCUGUCCAUCUCCCUCUCCUAUCACUAACUCUGAAGCAGCCAUUAGCAAGAUGUCCAUGGCAAGGGCCACUCUCACCAGAGCACCCAUUCAGGAGCUGUACAAUCCUGCGCUGGAGUCUGUAGCGAGCUUAGAUGAUCUUCAGCGCUCGUGGGAGACCCUGAAAAAUAUGAUAAGUGAAAAGCAGAAGACGCUCUAUGAGGCUCUGGAGAAGCAGCAGCGCUAUCAAGGCUCUCUACAGACCAUCUCGACUAAGAUGGAGUCCAUUGAGACCAGAUUAAAUGAGCCCCCUAUGCACGAUCUCAGUCCUGACAGACAAAUGGUGCUACAUCAGAAUCAGGUGGAGGAAAUUGUCAAACUGCAGAAUGAUAUAGAUGAGCUUCAGUCCAGCUUCACAGAAGAGCUGAUCUCUGAUGCGGUGGACUCGGACUCUGCGGAUCAGCUGGCCAUGCAGUCCACGCUCACUGUGCUGUCCGAGAGGAUGGCUACCAUCCACAUGAAGGCUUCUGGAAAACGCCAACUUCUUGAGGAGCGACAGAGUGAACGAGAGGAAAAGCAGCAACAGGCUCAGGCUUUGCAGCGCUACCUGAACCAGGCAGACCAGCUGGACCAAUGGCUGCAGAGCACUCGUGGUAGCAUCACUUCCUGCUCUCAGGACUCAGACAUGGAAGAGCAACUCAUAGACUGUCAGAACAUGCUGCUGGAGAUCGAGGAGAAGGUGCUGGCUCUCUCUGAGCUCUCCAGACACAGCGAGAAUCUUCUGCUGGAAGGCCGGCCGGAGAACAGGGAGGACGCGGAGCAGCUGGCCUGGAAGUUGCGUUCGCUGAAAGGCAGCCUGAUGGAGCUGCAGAGGAUGCUGCAGGACAAGCAGAUCAACAUUCAGGAUUCCCUCCAGGAGCCAUCAGACUCCAGUGAAUCAGACUCCAGUCUCUCCCAGAGUCCAAACAUGCAGGACUGGCUGGCCCAGGCCCGCUCCACACGCAGCCUACAGCACCAGGACACCCUACAGAAGCAGAAGGAGCUCGAAGAGCAACUUGCAGAGCAGAAGAAGCUGUUGAAAUCUGUAGCGAGUCGUGGAGAGGAAAUCCUCACCCAGCAGGCAUCACCCGUCAGAGCCAGUGCGAUCCUCUCGCCUGAUGUCGAGCUGAAGGGAGACGUUCAGGUCGUGAAGAAGCAGAGGAGAAAGAGAUGGGAAAGUCUGAGAAAAGACAUGGCCACUAAACUACAGCUUCUAAUGAACACGCUGGAGCAAGACAGCAAACAACCGUUUUACUCCAGAACUGCUUGUGUGAAGACUGCAGCUCCGGUCUAUAAGAGAGAGACUCACGUCCAGGACAAGUCAAGCCUGAUGUCUCUGCACAAUGGAUUCAGUCAGACAGCAAAGGAGAUGGCUCCUCAGGCCACAGAGCGAGAGGUCAUUCUGAUGGAGCAGCAGCUUUAUUCAGCAGUCACAGCCACAUCCUCGUGGGUGGAUGGUGUGGAGAACACACUGUUUUCUGGCCCUGUGCUUCUGACGGAGAACGCUGAGACGCAGCUCUCUGACCAUGAGACAUUGGGUAAAGAAGUGACGGAGGUGACGAGGCAGGUCAGCCGCAGCGAGGGGCUGAUAGUCGGCUCUGUGGGACUAUCUGAAGAAGAGCAGAAGCUGAUGAAGGACACCCUCGACUGUCUGACUCGUCGUCUGGGAGCUCUGGACUCGGCACUGGACCGCCGCUGUGACACCAUGAGGAGCAGGAUGCGGGAGCUCACAGCUUUCCAGACGGAGCUGCAGCAUCUCUUUAGAGCGCUUAGUGAAAGCAAGUUCCAGAUUAUCCAGAAAGUGGCAGGAGUGCUUGACCACACAACAACUAAACAGAUUGAAACUAUCGCAGAGGCUGAGGAGAUGCUGAAAGACUCUGAGCACAGAAUAACAGAGCUGAAAGCCAGAGGGGCGGAGCUAAAGCUGGACCAGUUCUCCACCAAUGAGCUGCUGAAGCUACAGGAUGCUUAUGAGGAGCUGGUGAUGACGGUGGGCUCUCGACGGAGCGGACUGAACCAGACCAUGGCACUGAAGAAUCAGUAUGAACGAGUUCUCCAGGAUCUAAUUGAUCUGGUGGACACGGCCCAGGAUAAGAUGAACGCUGACCAGAAGAUGAUCGCCAGCUCAGUAGAGGACAUCCACAGCCUUCUAGACAAACACAAGGAAUUUUUCCAAGGUUUGGAGUGGCACAUGGUCCUCACCGAGACGUUCUACAAAAAAAUCAGUGCCUUUGUUUUGCCACAUGAGCGGCAGACUCUGGAGGAGACACUAGCCCGGGCUCAGGAUGUGCUUAAGCAAGCGCACAAAAGAGGAGUUGAGCUGGAGUGCGUCUCAGAGAUGUGGAGUCGUCUAGGUUCAGACUAUCAGGACUUGUACCGAUUGCUGGAGGCUGUGGAGGGAAGUCUGCCGAGCAUCGGACUGCUGGAGGAGACGGAGGAGAGACUGAAUGAAAGAAUAGAGCUCUAUCAGGCUCUUAAAGCCAGUCUGACAGAGCACCAACACAAGCUGCAUCAGGUGCUGGAGGAAGGGAAGCGUCUUCUGUCAUAUGUGAGCUGCUCCAGUCUGGAGAACAAGCUCACUCUGUUGGGCGAGCACUGGCUCAACAACUCCACCAAGAUCGACAAAGAGCUACAGAUCCUGGAAUCCAUCCUGAAGCACUCGACAAGGUAUAAGCGUGAGUCAGUUGAACUGAGUCGCUGGCUACAGGAAGCUCUGGAACGCUUGGAAUUCUGGAACACACAGUUUGUUGCUGGUCCUCAGGAACUGGAGAUGGUUAAAGACCAGUUAUCAGCUUUUCUGGAGUUCAGUAAGGAGGUGGAGAGCCGCUCCAGUCUGAAGGCCUCAGUGCUGAACGAGGGAAACCAGCUGCUCAGACUCAAGAAGAUGGACACCACGUCCCUGCGCUCUGAACUCGCCCGUCUGGACUCUCAGUGGUCAGAACUGCUCGCCCACAUUCCAGUAGUUCAAGAAAAACUCCACCAGUCUCAGAUGGAUAAGCUAGCAUCCCGUCAUGCUAUCGCUGAGCUUGUGAACUGGAUUUCAUUGAUGGAGAGAGUGAUAGUAGAGGACGAGGAGAAUCUCAAAGGGGCUGUCGGGUCAAAGGUCAUCCAGGAGUACCUGCAGCGAUACAAGGGCUUCAGAGUGGAUGUGAACUGCAAACAGCUGACUGUGGACUUUGUGAAUCAGUCAGUGCUCCAGAUCAGUGGUGCAGACGUGGAGAGCAAACGCAGCGAUAAAACAGAUUUCGCAGAGAAACUUGGUGCCAUGAACUGUCGCUGGCAGAUACUGCAGACACGUAUCACAGAGAGGGUACAGUUUCUGGAAGGCUUGUCAGAAUCCUGGGUUGAAUAUGAGGGUAAAGUUCAGACUCUUCAGGGAUGGCUGAACGCUCAGGAGGACAGACUCAAGAGAAAACAGAGGAUUGAGAACUUAUCCUCUGUGCAGAAUGCACUCAAAGACUGCCAGGAGAUUGAGGAGAUGGUGAAGGAGAAGGAGAGGGAGCUGGAGAGAGUGGAGGAACAGGCUUGUGCUCUCGUCCAGAAUAAGACCGACGAGGCCUGUGCUGUUGUCAUGGAGUCUCUACAAGCCUUGAAUAACACAUGGGCCAAUCUGGACCACCUGAUCGGACAACUCAAGAUCAGUCUGAAGUCUGUCCAGGACAAGUGGAGUCAAUACAAACAAGUGUGUGAAGAGAUCAACGUCUACCUGACGGAGGGACGCUACUCUGUGUCCCGCUAUCGUCUGCUCACAGGAUCUCUGGAGGCUUCACGGCUACAGGUGGAGAGUCUGCAGAACCUGCAGGAGGACCUGGAGAAGCAAGAAAGCAGUCUGAGAAAAUUUGGAUCAGUUACACAUCAGCUUCUGGAGGAGUGUCACCCGUCUGUGUCUGACACACUCAAUAACACACUGAAAGACAUUAACGCCAGGUGGACCAGUCUGCAGGAGGAGAUCGUGGAGCGUCUGAAGAGCAGUAAGGCUCUCCUGCAGCUGUGGCAGAGCUAUAAAGAUCUUCAUGGACAGAGCGACUCCAGCAUCCAGACACUAGAGGAGAGAGCAAACCAGAUGCUGAAGACAGCUGGCCACAAAGACAUCACAGAGGAGGAAGUGUCCACCUGGAUCCAAGACUGUGCUGAGCUGCUGCGCUCUCAGGCUCCCGUCCAGGCAUCUCUGCUGGUUUUACUGGAGCUGGGAGAGCAGCUCAAACAGCAGGUGGACACCUCAGCUGCGGCCUCCAUCCAGUCUGACCACCUGUGUCUCACCCAACGCCUCAGUGCUGUAGAGCAGAGCCUGAGCCGACAGCAGGUGGCGCUGCAGGCUGGAGUUCAGGACUAUGAGACAUUUAAUGAGCAGUUGGACUCUCUGUCCCGCUGGAUCGUGGAAGCUGAGGAGGUUCUGAAAGGUCAGGAUCCCAACGGUUCCUCUGACCAGUCACUGAUCCAGGACCACAUGGAGGAACUCAAGAAGCAAAUGCUGAAGUUCAGCAGUAUGGCUCCUGAUCUGGAGCGGCUGAAUGAACUGGGUUACAGACUCCCUCUCAACGACUCGGAGAUGAAACGCCUGCAGAACCUCAACAGAAGCUGGUCCACCUCCUCAGCUCAGACCACUGAGAGAUUCAGCAAACUUCAGGCCCUUCUACUACAGCAGCAGACCUUUCUGGAGAAGUGUGAGGCGUGGAUGGAGUUCCUGGUGCAGACGGAGGAGAAACUGACCGUGGAGAUUUCCGGAAACUUCCAGAGCCUGAUGGAGCAGCAGAGAGCUCAUGAGCUGUUUCAGGCAGAGAUGUUCAGCAGACAGCAGAUCCUUCACUCUAUCAUCAGCGAUGGACAACACAUGCUGGAGCAGGGACAGGUGGACGACAGAGAUGAGUUCAAGCUGAAGCUGGCUCUGCUCAGUAACCAGUGGCAUGGGGUGGUGAGACGGGCACAGCAGCGCAGGGGCAUCAUAGACAGUCUCCUGCGGCAGUGGCAGCGCUACAGGAAGAUGGUGGAGAAGCUGAGGAAGUGGUUGGUGGAAGCGUCCCAUCAGGCCGAAACCCUGCAGGCGGGUGCACCUGUGCCACUGCAACAAGCACGAGCCAUGCUGGAUGUAGUUCAACUGAGGGAGAAGGUUCUGCUGAGACAGCAGGGCAGUUACAUCCUGACGGUGGAGGCAGGGAGACAGCUGCUUCUGUCUGCUGACACACAAGCCGAAGCCGCUCUACAAGAGGAGCUGCUCGACAUACAGGAGCGCUGGAGACAUGCCAACAUCCACCUGGAGGAACACAAGAAAGAGCUGGCCGUCCUGCUCAAGGAUUGGGAGAGAUGUGAAAAAGGUAUCGGAGGAUCUCUGGAGAAACUGAGAGCUUUCAAACGCCAGCUUUCCCAUCCGCUCCCAGAUCGCCACGAGGAGCUGCAGUCUGAACAGAUGCGCUGCAAGGAUCUGGAGAGCAUGUUUGACGGCUGGAAGGAGGAUUUGACCCAUCUGACGGCGUUGAGAGAGUCUCUGUCCAGUUACAUCAGUCCUGAAGAUCUGCGCGUGCUGCAGGAACGCAUUGAGCUCCUGCACCGCCAGUGGGAGGAGAUCUGUCACCAGCUGUGUCUGCGCAGGCAGCAGGUGAGUGAGAAGCUGAAUGAAUGGGCCGUCUUCAAUGAUAAAUAUAAGGAGCUGUGUGAAUGGCUGACACAGAUGGAAAGCAAAGUAUCCCAGAAUGGAGACAUCAGCAUCGAAGAGAUGAUCGAGAAACUACGAAAGGACUAUCAGGAAGAGGUGGCGGUGGUUCAGGAGAAUAAACAGGAGCUCCAGCAGCUGGGUGAACGUUUAGCUCGGGCCAGUCAUGAGAGCAAAGCCUCUGACAUCCAACACAAACUCGGGAAAGUCAAUGAACGCUGGCAGCACCUGCUCGACCUCAUUGGGGCCAGGGUGAAGAAGCUGCGGGAGACUUUAGUGGCCGUUCAGCAGCUGGAUAAGAACAUGAAUAGCCUGCGCUCUUGGCUCGGCCACAUCGAGACCGAACUGUCCCGUCCCAUCGUGUACGACACCUGUGACCACCAGGAGAUCCAGAGGAAACUAGAUCUACAGCAGGAGCUGCAGAGAGACGUCGAGAAGCACAGCACAGGUGUGGCGUCAGUGCUGAACCUGUGUGAGGUGUUGCUGCACGACUGUGACGCGUGUGCUACAGACGCCGAGUGUGACUCCAUCCAGCAGGCCACACGCAGCCUGGACCGCCGCUGGAGGAGCAUCUGUGCCAUGUCCAUGGAGAGGAGACUCAAGAUUGAGGAGACGUGGCGUCUCUGGCAGAAGUUUCUGGAUGAUUUCUCUCACUUCGAGGAGUGGCUCAUGUUGUCGGAGAAGACAGCCGCACUGCCAAACUCUUCAGGUGUCCUUUACACUGUUGCCAAAGAGGAGCUCAAGAAAUUUGAGACGUUCCAGCGGCAGGUGCAUGAAAGUCUGACGCAGCUGGAGCUGAUCAAUAAACAGUAUCAGCGUCUGGCACGUGAGAAUCGCACCGACGCGGCCUGUAGUCUGAGAGAAAUGACCCAUAAUGCCAACCAGCGCUGGGACAACCUGCAGAGACGAGUGUCCUCCGUCCUACGCAGGCUAAAGCACUUUAUAUGUCAGCGGGAGGAGUUUGAGACGGCACGAGACUGUAUCUUGGUCUGGCUGACAGAGAUGGACCUGCAGUUAACCAACAUUGAACAUUUCUCUGAGUGGGACAUCCAGGCCAAAAUCAAGCAGCUGAGGGCGUUCCAGCAGGAGAUCACUCUGAACACAGCCAAGAUUGACCACAUAUUCCAGCAGGGUGAAGCUCUUCUGGAAAAGAGUGAGCCGAUCGAUGCUGCUGUGAUCGAGGAAGAGCUUGAAGAACUGCAGCGUUACUGCCAGGAAGUGUUUGGACGUGUGGAACGUUACUACAAGAAACUCAUACGAUUACCGCUCACAGAAGAUGAACAUGACGUCUCGUACUCGGACCGAGAGUUUGAUCUGGACGAGACUGCUGAUGUGUCCAGCUUUCCUUGGAGUGAGCGUCUGUCCCCGCUGCCCUCGUCCAGUCACUCUGCGUCGCUGGCCGUCCCUCUACGGGCCGAACGCUCGGGCCGAGACACUCCAGCCAGCGUGGACUCCAUCCCUCUGGAGUGGGACCACGAUUACGACCUGAGCCGGGGUCUGGAGAGCACCAGCAGAGCCUUGUCCUCCGAACCAGGAGAACAGGGAGAGGACGGAUACCUGCAGGGUUCAGCAUCAGGUGACGCUGGAUCGCUGGAGACUCACAUCAGACAGCUGGAUAAAGCUCUCAACACCAGCUGCUUUCAUCUGCAGCAGACGGAGAACAUCAUCCGCAGCCGGACUCCCACUGGCCCUGAGCUGGACGCCACCUACAUGGGUUAUAUGCGACUUCUUGAAGAAUGUCGUGGCAGUAUAGACGCAGUAAAGCGAGUUGGAUUUGAGCUGAAAGAAGAGGACGACAAGGUAUCGGGUUUCGUCAACCCCAACAGCUCAGAGUCCCAAACUUCAGGUGUGAUCGAGCGCUGGGAGCUGCUGCAGGCUCAGGCUCUCAGUAAAGAGAUGCGCAUGAAGCAGAACAUGCAGCAGUGGCAGCAGUUCAACUCGGACCUGAACAGCAUCUGCAGCUGGCUGGACCAGACAGAAGAAGAGCUGGAGCAGCAGCGGGGACUGGACCUCAGCACGGACAUACAGACCAUCCAGCUACGCAUCAAGAAACUCAAGGAGCUGCAGAAGGCUCUGGAGAAGCGUAAGGCCAUCGUGCUGUCCAUUAACCUCUGCAGCGCUGAGUUUGUGCAGUCGGACAGCGAGGAGGCGCAGGACCUGCAGCGACAGCUGAAGGAGAUGAAUAACCGCUGGGAGCGUCUCAGCAGCUCUCUGGACGACUGGAGGAACGCGCUUCAGCACGCGCUCAUGCAGUGCCAGGACUUCCAUGAGAUGAGUCACGGUCUGCUUCUGUGGCUGGAGAACAUCGAACGCAGGAGGAAUGAGAUCGUCCCGAUCGACCACACUCAGGACAGCGAUACCUUACAGGAGCAUCACAAAACCCUUCUGAAAAUCCGCCGGGAGCUGCUGGACACGCAGUUGAAGGUGGCGUCCCUGCAGGACAUGUCUCUUCAGCUGCUGGUCCACUCGGAGGGCACUGACUGUCUGGAAGCCAAAGAGAAGGUGCAUGUGAUCGGGAACCGUCUCAAGCUGCUGCUGAAGGAGGUGACGAGAGACAUCAGAGAGCUGCAGAAGACCCUGGACAUCAGCAGCAGUCAGCAGGACUUGUCAUCUUGGUCGUCUGUUGAUGAUUUGGACACUUCUGGUUCCCUGAGCCCCGUGUCUGGACGCAGCACUCCCAGCCGCCAGCGAUCGCCACGGGGCAAAAGUAGUCUGUCACAGCCCGGAGCCUGUGUGAGCAGUCCACUUCACAGCAGGUCUCGCAACGCCGCUGGAUCCGGUUCCUCCCAUUCUGACGAGGAAGAAGCUUCAUCCUGGUGCAGAACCUUCCUGAAGCGUGUCCUCUGGGCCGCACUGCCGCUGCAGAUCUUCCUGCUGCUGGUGCUGGUGGUGGCCUGUCUUGUGCCUACAUGUGAGGAUGACUACAGCUGUGCCCACCUCAACAACUUCGCCCGCUCCUUCCACCCAAUGCUCAGCUACACCAACGGGCCUCCACCUAUAUGAGCAACACUUUGAGCAUCGGGUUUCCCUCUAAUUUUGGCAGCCAUUAUUGUGUUCUUGUACAGCAAAUAAAGCUGCUAAUUUACAGUAUGUCACUGAGUCUCAUGUAGAUGUUAGAACAAAGCCUAUUGCACUGAAAACUGCUUUCAGACGAGUGUUGUUAGUGCUACUGAUGUUCUUCCUUGUUUGAUAUGAAGAAGGAAACUGGAACGUAGUAUAUUAACUCAACACUGUGAGUUAAUCAGGUCUAAAGGCCUUUUAUAUCACGGAAAGAUCAAGUUUAUUAGGAAAAAAAAUUGAAAGGAGUGGGAUUGUUCAAAUAACUUGUAAAAAAGAGAAGAUAAAAAAAAUGUAUGAACUCUAUAUUGCAAUUAUUUUUUAUAUGUAUUUUUGGCAUGUGGUCAUCCUUUAAAACAAUCAUCGAUUUUAUCGGAUUCGUCAUUGUUUAUUUUUAACUUUCGAUCUUAACUAAACUGCUGUAAUAAUCAAGUGACCUGUGUCAUGAAUAUACUUUACUGUAACGUAUGGAAACCACUGAUAUCGAAGAAAAGAUAUUUAUGUAUGUACAGUUUUGCUGAGGGCUGAGAAACCUUCGCAAUGGAAAUACACCUAUGAUAUACACAUAACCUGAUGAUUAGUAUUUUUCAUUACAAUAAAGACUGAAUGACCUUAA